AGUGAUAGUCGAAUAGUCCAAACUUUUCCAUGUUGAAAACUUCAUUAAGAUCUUUAACUACAUGAUGCGUCAUUUUGAUGUGAAAUUUUGUAACAUGUAAUACUUUGAAUCGGUAGGAUAAUAGCUUAGUGGGAAAUAACUAUUACUCGCAAUAAAAAACUAUGCCGAAGUGUCAACUGCUCUCAUCAAAUUGGUGACGUUACUAUUUUCAACAAAGCAAAGUGUCUUUUUUGGUUGCGGAAUAUUUUUAACUAAUCUUGUGAAAGGGACUAUUAUCCAUGUUUUAGCACUAAAUUUUAUUCGCGCUUGUGUUUGUCCACUAAUUUUAUGUCCGGAUCAUGUUGGAUACUGUGCAUAGACGCAAACUUAAACAACUCGAAAUAAUUUAUAGCCGUCUCCUCAAAGCUAAAAAAGAAAAAGAAUAAAAAGGAGAGGUAAUAUGCAAUUCCACUUGUCAAAUCCUUUGUAAAGUUUUCAAAGCUUUCUCAACAUCCUACGUUUAAAAGCAUUUUGGAACAUCAUGCACAAAUUCCCUAUUUCACUGGUUUAACUAAUGUAAAAUAGCCACACGACUACAAGAAGACAAGAAAGAAAUCAACAACUAGCCAGUGCCAUAGAUUCUCGAAAUUUCAUGCUGAUAAUCUAGUGAAUAGCCUGAAGUUGUGUUAUCUGCCGUCUCAUGAAUACUUUGGGGAAGCAAAGUUUAGGCAUCGCACCUGUAGAUCAUGAUGAAAUUGGGCAAGAGAGGAAGUACUAAUUACCAUUAUUUUCACUGUAAUCAUCUUCAUCAGUUACGGAGUUGCAGUGAAUAUAGAUCAUAUUCUAGUUCAAAGAGUAAAUGGCCAUGGAUGAUGAAGUACCAGGAGCUGUGGGGACAAGUGCUAGUUUUGCUUUGAGAUUGGGGCAGACCAUCUUCUCUGCUGCUUCUCUUUUGUUCAUGUCUUUAGGAGUUGAGUUCCACAGUUAUACUGCCUUUUGCUUCCUAGUAACAAUCAUGGGUUUGGUCAUCCCCUGGAGCAUCACUUUGGCAUUGAUUGACCUAUACUCUGUUUUGAUCCAUUGCCCCAUUCGUCAGCCAGGGAUCCUUCUCUUCAUUGUUUUAGGAGAUUGGGCAUUGUCAUUCCUUACACUAGCAGCAGCAAGCUCAAUUGCUGGAAUAGUGGAUGUUUUGCACAGGGCAGAUCAAACAUUCUGUCCUGGUGGAUUAUGCAGUAGAUAUCAGAUAUCUGCUGGACUAGCCUUCUUGUCAUGGUUCCUCUCCAUGACCUCUUCUCUUUCAAAUCUUUGGUUGCUUCCUUCUCUCACAAGAUGAUCACUUUUCAACAAACAACAUUUUUCAACUAACCAUCUUCAUGGUUUUAGUAAUUUGUAUGUAACUAGGAUUAUAUUUAUAUAAUACUUGGAGGAGAUAUUUAUGGAGCAGUAGAAUAACAACCUAAAGUCUAGGCUUUUCCUCCUCUGGAUGGCGAAUCUUGAUUGACGCGAGGAACCGGUACGGAGAAAGAAGAGCAUGGCAAGAGAUAGGUGAUGCAUAAAUUUUCUAAUAGCGAAUUAUUUGACUCGAUCGAUGUAGGGAGAGCCUUCAAACUCAAGCACAAAAUCAAAGUUGAAUCAGCAAUCAUUGAUAGCCAAUAUGUCGCAGAAUUUCACACAUGAAAAGAGAAAAAUAUAUACUUAGAAGCAGGAAACAUGACACAUGAGCAUUACUAAUUGAUUCGUGUUUUUCAAAACGUUAGCUCAUUCAACCUAAUAGGUGGGUUCCAAAUUGGCCCAGUGACCCUGAGUCGUGGGUUCAUGGGUGUGUUGGGUAUGGAGGAAAAUGGUCUCUAAUUUUUCUAUGUUCGGUUGGUCAAAAUUUUUGAAAAAGAUCUUCUCUAGGAAAACAAGUUCCUUAAAAUUUAGAAAAAUGACUUUUCUAGUGCAAGUAGGGAAAAUAAGUUUCACAAGUGAAAUUCCACCUUGUUUUCCACACCCCCGGACACACCUCAUCUUCACCAGGACCCCUCUAGCCCCAUCCCCACCACCCCACACCCCUACCCCCAACCCCAUCUCCCUUAGUAUUUGUCUAGAUUAUAUACAAAUUUUUUUAGGAUAAUAAUUUUUGCUCUCGUACCGAACACAAGAAAAAAUCCACUUACUUUUCUAGAAAAUAUUUUCUAAGAAAUCAUUUUCCACGGAAUUUGUUUUCCUUCGUACCGAACUCAGCCAUAAGGUUCAAAAUGUAGUUCCAAUGUUCCAGCAAGUACAGUAUUUGGUAGCAGUUUAUGUAACAUUUUGCUUCAUGAUCUGAUUUAUUUGUAAAAAGACAAAGUUGGAAUACCAAGUCAACAGUGGGUUCCAUACAGGGAAAUCAGCUGAAUUAGAAUGGUCAAUCCCCACAGGUUAUAUGAAUCAUGUAUCCAUUAGCUCUAUAUUGUGGCCGAUUUCCUGGCAAACGAAGGGUAUAAGCAUGAUGAAGUAAUAAUCUGGGGAAUUGCGCUUAAGGGUAUAUAGUUUCUUCUCCUGACAGACUUAAGUGGUUGCUUUUGAAAGAAUGUAAUCUUAUUUAGCUUUUUCCAGUGUACCCAAAAAAAAUUAGCUCCAUUUUGGCUCAUUUUAUACAGGUGGACAUGCUGCUUCAAUGAAUUAGUAGGAGCUGAAUUAGACAAUUUGGCCCACUCUCCUUUAAAGAUGUUUUAUCAAAAUUUGGGCUAUUAGAGCAAGGCUUCCUAGAAGGAAGGCCAGGCCCAAUAUAUUGGGUAACUUCCCAACUUUCAUGAAGACU